UUACAUAUUGAAGGUCGAAUUCAAUUCGAUAUACUUCAAGUAAUGCAACGUGACUAUAAACUCAGAUCAUAUACUUUAAACUCCGUCUCUGCUCAUUUUUUGGGUGAACAGAAAGAAGAAGUCCAUCAUUCUAUUAUCACAGAUCUGCAAAAUGGCAACAGUGAAACUCGCCGUCGUCUAGCAAUAUAUUGUUUAAAAGAUGCAUUUUUGCCUCAAAGAUUAAUGGAUAAGUUAAUGUGUUUUAUUAAUUAUAUGGAAAUGGCCCGAGUUACGGGAAUACCUUUCAAUUAUAUUUUAGCGAGAGGACAACAAAUUAAAGUUAUAUCACAACUAUUCAGAAAGGCCUUUGAACAGGAUUUAGUUAUCCCCUCUUUAAAAUCAGAAAACAGUGAUGAACCAUUUGAAGGUGCAACGGUAAUCGAGCCACUAAAGGGAUAUUAUGAUCUCCCAAUCACAACCCUUGAUUUCAGUUCUUUGUAUCCAUCGAUUAUGAUGGCACAUAAUAUAUGCUACACAACGCUAUUGGAUAAUAAUGACAUAACUGCAUUAAAUUUAAAACAAGAUGAGGAUUAUAUACUUACACCCGUGAACGCACGAUUUGUCAAAACUCAUCGUCGUAAAGGUGUUUUGCCAACUAUUUUGGAAGAUUUAUUAUCUGCUAGAAAAAAAGCCAAAGCUGAUUUAAAAAAUGCGACAGAUCCUUUUAAAAGAGCAGUGCUAGAUGGUCGGCAACUGGCGCUUAAGAUUAGCGCAAACUCUGUUUAUGGGUUUACUGGUGCGACUAUUGGAAAACUUCCUUGCAUUGAGAUUUCAUCAAGUGUAACAGCAUAUGGACGAGAGAUGAUUGAAAAAACAAAGCAGGAAGUGGAGAAUCACUAUAAAAUAAUAAAUGGAUAUAAGCAUGAUGCCACCGUUAUUUAUGGCGAUACUGAUUCGGUGAUGGUGAAAUUUGGAGUUGAUAAUUUAGAAGAAGCAAUGAAAUUAGGCAAAGAAGCAGCUGAUCUUGUUACCAGCAAAUUCAUUAAACCGAUCAAUCUGGAAUUUGAAAAAGUAUAUUUUCCAUAUUUAUUAAUAAGUAAGAAGCGUUAUGCUGGGCUAUAUUGGACAAAUCCAAAUAAAUGGGACAAAUUAGAUACAAAAGGGAUUGAAACUGUUAGGCGUGAUAAUUGCCUUCUUGUCCAAAAUGUAAUAGAAACGUGCCUGAGAAAAAUCCUUGUUGAUAGAGAUGUUGAGGGAGCUAAAGAAUAUACAAUGAAAACUAUAUCAGACCUUCUACAAAAUAAAAUAGAUAUGUCACAAUUAGUAAUCACAAAGGCCCUAAGCAAAUCCGAAGACGAUUAUGCAGGAAAACAAGCUCAUGUAGAGCUCGCAGGAAGAAUGAGAAAGCGUGAUGCAGGUUCAGCACCAACUCUUGGGGAUCGUGUUGCAUAUGUUAUAGUGAAGUCUACCAAAGGUGCUGCUGCUUAUGAAAGAUCAGAAGAUCCCAUUUAUGUACUCGAAAAUAAUAUACCAAUUGAUACCAAAUACUAUCUUGAUAAUCAAUUAUCCAAACCUUUAAUGAGAAUUUUUGAGCCUAUUCUUGGAGAAAAAGCACAACAUUUACUUGAUGGUGAUCAUACACGCAAAAUUGCGGUUCAAACUCCGACUGUUGGUGGACUUAUGAAAUUCGCAGUAAAAACUGCAACUUGCCUGGGCUGCAAAACUCCUUUACCCAAAAAUGAAUCGGCAGUCUGUCAUCAUUGUACCACAAAAUUGGGGGGUUUAUAUCACAAACAGCUGGAUACAGUUAAUAAACUUGAAGUUCAAUUUGCCCGAUUAUGGACACAAUGUCAAAGAUGUCAAGGAAGUUUACAUCAGGAU